AUGCACCGAAGGUCGUCCACAGCAGACAGAAUACGCUUACUGGAAUCCCAAGUUUCCUCCUUGUCUGGGUUGCUUACUUCAGGUGCAAGAGAAGACACUGGAUCACACGACAACAACUGCACGGUAACUUCAAGACCGAGGCAAGAUACGGAUUUCGCAGUUACACCUAUAGCUUCAGACAACCAUGUCUUUUCUGGAGACAGCCCAAAUCCACCUCAGAGUGUCUUGGAACACUUUGUAGAGGUAUACAGCAUAAAGUUGCAUCUCCAGCCACUACCUUUGUUUGAGCUUGAAUGCCUACGUGACACGCUACCAGUUGCCGCUGGAUAUCUCCGAUAUAGCUUCUUGGGGCUGAUGCUUGAGUUCUCUUCACAUUCGUAUUAUGAUAACAAGCAUGAAGAAGCCUCUACAUUCUAUAGGCAUUCCGCUGAAGCUGCAACUCAACAACUUGCAGGGCAGGGAAAGCCAACAGCAGAGAUUAUGCAAGCCUUGUGCAUGUUAGCCUUGCAGAAUAUUUCAGCUGGGGAUUUACCCCGGGCUUGGAUGUCUAUAGGUGCCGCGGCAAGGUUAAGUACUAUUGACCGUUUAUGGAACCCCAAGCCGACAAAUACCAGAGAACAGGAUACAGAUAACAGAUGCUAUUGGAGCAUUCGUAUGAUAGAAUCCAUUUUCUUCCCUCAUAUCUCCCGAGCAUUACAACCGGACCAUACAUACAAACAUCCACCAAGUGUCGAGCCACCGCCACCGAUUCCUCGCGACUCAAACCAGAUAAAUGCCCCCGACUUCGAUGAUACUGGGGGAACAAGUCGUGAUGUCGGAAUCAACACACAUGCAACGGGCAUUAUUUCUAUUUGGAGCCAAGUCGCCUCCUACCUUCAUGAUAUUCGAAUGGGGGAGGUUCAAGUGCCGUGGCUGCCAGAGUCUACGUACUCCAAGCUCAACCUCUCGCUGCUUGAAUACGAAGCACAACUUCAUCGGAAGCACCUGAUGAGAAAUCUGUUCCCAUUUAAAAGAUCACCGGAAGACGUAAAAGCAUGUCGCCAGUAUUGGAAUCCAUGGCUAACAACGCAUCUCAUCCUUCACGCAUCUCUUGCACUUCUCAAUCACCCUUUCAUUCAUCUCGUCGCACUGCGUCGUAACAGAGGCAUGAGCCAGUCUCGAUUGUUUCUUCAACAGGUUGUGGAUCAAGCUAUCUUUCAUUCCGGGUGGGUGUUCUGGCUGGUGGGAAUAUUCGAAGAUUUGUCCGUGGACAUUUCAAAUCCUUUAGUUGGAUUGGCUGUUGCAGCGACAUCGACUAUCCCAUGGCUGUACCAGUUUGUCAGGAAUGCCAAGCUUGCUCGGAAAGCAAGCCAGAACUUGUCAAAAGGUCAGAGGCUUCUUGAACGCAUGUCGAAAACUUGGCCAUGCUUAGUUCGUAAGCUUGAAAGUCUUAAGGAAUUACAAGCACUUGCUAUGGGAACGCAAUUGGAAAUAGGUACCACCAGUACGAUGAUCGAGUUCCCUCCUUCCAUGAUCUGGGAACUUCUCGACCCCAUCAUCCUCCUAGCCGAACUCCCAAGCAACGUCGACAAUGCUUGCGCGGGAAGUGCCAGUCGAGUGAGCAUCCAUGUAACCACGGACUUUUUGCAUCCACUGGAGGAUGAUCAGGAAGAAUCAACAAUGAAUUCAUUGGAUUGGGAGGACAGUUUGAUGUGUGGGAAUGACUUACUUCAGGAUAUUUACCCUGCAACCCUAGUCCCGUUUGACCUAAACCACUUGUAA